AUGUCCCCUCGCACCAUCCGACCUUCCUCCUCCUACACAUUCACCAUCAACUUUAAAGCUCCACAAAACUGCAGCUCCAGAGAUGCCAGAGUGAGGGCCUCCAUCAUCUACUGGUACUCCAACAAGGUCAAUGGUGCAAAGGUUAUGGUCAGCAGGAAUGUUUCUGUCCAGUCAGAGGUACAACUUCAACUUUUCGCUGAAAUAAAGUUCAAUGAAGAAUCUUUCAACCAUUCGAGCAGUCUUGUUGUGAACAGAAAAGUUACUUCAAUGUUUAUUCUAACGGACAAAAAGAUCUACAAGCCAGGGCAAUUAGUUCGCUACAGAGUGCUGAUGCUGAAUGACAAUUUGAAGCCGUAUAGAAAGCCGUUCAACCUUAGCAUUGAAGACCCACGUAGCAAUCUCAUCGUGCAGAGGACUAAUGUUCAUCUCACCAAAGGUGUUUUCAGUGGGCAACUUCAACUUUCCAAAGUUACUCCUCUCGGUUUUUGGACCAUUAAUGUGCAAACAAAAAGUCUAGGGCACUAUGCGCCUUUAACCAUUGAACUAUCUCGACGUUAUUGCCGAUUAAUUAUUUUAAACUCUUUCUCCAGUACCUCCAAAAUACGAGGUAGAGGUGGAGCUUCAAAACGUUAUCAGGUUCCAGCAAAUGUCGACGACGAGACUGACAAUUCAACAAAAAACCAAAACAGUCUUAAAAUCGCUGUUACUGCAAAAUACACCCACGGCAAGCCAGUGCAAGGAGUUGUGUUGAUGGUUCUCAAACUAAAACUGCCAGGAAUGGAAAACGUUCCAACCAUCUACAAAUUUCUUCAGUUAACUGACGGCAAAGCUGAUGUGUCGGUUUCGUACAAGGAUCUGUUGAACCUCUUUCCAUGCUCUGAUUCGUUCAACCAUCUCUUGUACCAGACCAUCGAAGUGGAGGCUUUCAUAUCUGAGCAGGUCUCAGGCAAAGUUUUGAAAGCAAGCAGCUCGGUGGCAUGCACCUACCAGCAAUACGACUUACAGUUCUACAGAACUUCCACCUCUUAUAAACCUGGAUUUUCUUUUAAUGCAUUUGUCAAGUUGACUAACCCAGAUUUACCACAACCUCUGAUUAAUGAUAUUCAAUAUACCAACGGCACUUACAAAAACAUUUCAGUCAGAGCAUUGUUUCUACUCAGAAAUUAUUCUUCUAGCUUUGAAAAAGUUCUUAACGCACAAUUUGAUAAAUAUGGCAAAGUCUCGCUCUUGCUGUUUGGUGAUGAGAACAUUAGAAGUUUUACUCUGAACGCAAUGUAUAAAGAUGAAAUGCUGGAUUUAUACAUGUUUGCAACUCUCUAUGCUUCCGAUUUCAACAACAGAGAUCGGCAAUUUUUGAAACUCUCCACUAAAAGUGUCGAUGACGUUCUUCAGCCAGGCAGGAACACAACAUUUCUUGUAAGAUCAACCGAACCCAUCAAGUCAUUCUUUUACCAAUUUACGAUAACUCUCUCCAAACAACUAGCAUUGGAACUGGCUCCUCGCGUCAAGAUUCUUACCUACUACGUUAGCACCAAGGAUGAAGUGGUGGCAGAUGCCAUGACUGUUAACGUCGAAGAUUACCUCGUUAACAAGGUGAACAUAACAUUUGAUAAAAACGCUACGAGUCCUUCCCAGCGAAUUAUUUUGAAUGUUGAGGCCGAGAAAGAUUCAGUUGUUUUUCUAACUGCCGUCGACAAAAGCGUUUUGCUGCAGCAAACUCCGAUCAAACUCACCAAAAUGGUAUCAGCAAAUUUGGACAAAUAUGAAUCGGCGAGUUCCUACUGGUAUGACUACCAUUCCGACAUCGAAUAUGGUUUGUCGUCACACUUCAAAGGCACUGAAGAGUUAUUUGACAGCCUUAAUCUGAUAGCAUUUUCAAGCAGUUUGAUCUACAAACACGUUUAUUCCUACGAAGAAAGUUAUGGCGAUAAGCAGCAAGCCCCUUCAACACUGACAACUCAGAUGGCACCAACAUUCGAAAAUAUUUCCCAGAAACCUGGAUUUGGACUGAUUUCGUAG